UUUUUGAGGAAUUUGUAGCUUCUGUUCUGUUCUCUCACUGGGCGCUUCCUCUUUUGGCUAGUUUCCCAUGGACGACUCCGACAACUACAACAACAAAAAUGACACUCCCUCUGCCUCUUUUUGUGUCAAUUCGUCCGAACAAGAAAGAUCAAAAGAAGAACAGGAACUACACGAGCUUGUGGUUCCAAAUCUUCGAGACCUCCCAGUUACCCCUCCUUCUGCGGUCGAGGCCAAUUUCGUUUGCUACUUCGCUCCAGAUUUUAUGAAGCCAGCACACGAUCAGUACAUUUAUCGCCAUGCAAACGGGUUAUGCGUAAUCGGCUUGGCUCCGACCCAUGUGGCUUUAAAGGAGAAAGGAGUUACCGCAGUCGAUUUCAAUGUGGGGAAGUCUAAUCGGAGUGAGAUCAAGGUCACUGGAAAGCGUAAAAAGAAUGCACAACACUUUGAAGCUAACACAGCUUUGUGUAAAGUGUGCACAAGUGAUGCUUCCUAUAUUGUGAGAUGUUGUGUAAAGGGCUCUCUAUUGGAAGUGAAUGAUAGGCUAAUUGACCAGCCAGGAUUGCUGAACUCAUCGUUUUGCAUCACAGGCGCAUAGAGAAGGAUAUAUAGCAAUUAUAAUGCCCAGACCAACCGAUUGGCUUAAGAGCAAGAAUUCACUGUUGAGCCUUGAAGACUACAAGAAGUUGAGAGAGAUUUCCUGACCCAUCCAAUAGUAUUUCUUCAAUUGACCAUAGAUGUCGUCCACUGCAACUCUUGGGUUAUUCCAUCUAUGGGCUUGAUAUAGGAGAUUUCCUCAUGGAAAGAGGCAGCUCGACCUGAUAUUCUGACUGAAAUUCAUUUGUUUCAUUUUCAUCUGGGCAUGCUACUCUAACCGGGACUCUCAGAGAAGCUUCAUAAAUCUAAGGAAUCUGCCUUGUGGCAGCUCUCAAGUGGCUACCCACUGAUUUUGGUUAUUCUCCCCCCCCCGCCCCCCUUUCUUUAUUGUACUAUCUUUACCCCGUUCACCCAGGCUUGUUUACUAAUUGCUUAAAUGGAUAAUUUUUCUUUCAUAUUAUUUAUUUCAUUUUAAGGCAAAACUGUUAAUGUGU